AUGAUUGCUACUACUACUACCAGUACUACUCCGGGACCUCUGCCUCCUCUUGCUUCUUUCAAGUCGGAACUUCGGGUAAAGAAGCUCUUCGACGACGUUGUCAUUCGAGAUAUUGAUCGAGCACCCGAGUCAAAGACAUUCAACUAUCAAGGCUUCCAGCCAGGCUCGCAGGUCCUAAAAGCCGGCUUCAAAAAAGCUCCUGACAGACGCCAGUUCGGAGUCGACACGAUCUUUGACCGUGACGUUGAGAUCGUAGUCAGGGACGGUGCGCGGAUCUUCACCGAUAUCUUCAGACCAAUUACGUCCGAGGCAGAACCAGUCCCGGCUCUGAUACCCUGGAGUCCUUAUGGGAAGUCGGGAACAGGCGCACAGGAUUAUGACAACAUGGCCCCUUUCCGUGUAGGCAUCCCCAAAGAGAGAACAUCUGGAUACGAGAAAUUUGAAGCCCCUGACCCGGCAGAAUGGAGCGAGAGGGGCUAUGCAGUUAUCAAUGUUGACGCACGCGGGGCUGGACAUAGUGACGGUAUCAUCACCUAUUUUGGUGACCAGGAAGCGGAGGAUAUCUACGACACGAUCGAAUGGUUGAUCACGCAGAAAUGGUGCAAUGGGUCCGUCGUCAUGGCGGGAAAUUCAUGGCUGUCAUUGUCACAGAUCAACUUCGCUUCCCGCAUGAAGCACUCCGCUCUCAAGGCCCUUGCCCCAUGGGAGAGUUUUAAUGACUUCUACCGACAUGCCUUUAAUCGUGGAGGUCGACCGCAUUUGCGCAAAUUCCAUGCCAUGAUCUCUGGAGGCAUGGCUGGCCCCGAAGGUGCUGAAGACGUUUUUGCCAUGACGGCACACCGCCCACUAUACGAUGAUUACUGGGAGGAGAAGAGGAUAGCUAUUGAGAAUAUUGACGGGGUUCCGGUCUACGCACUGGCUUCUUAUUCCAGCAUACUGCACACCUACGGCUCAUUUGCACUCUUUAGAGACUCCAAAACGAAACAGAAAUGGUUGCGCGUUCAUCCAUACCAGGAAUGGUAUGAUAUCUAUCGUGAUGAUAUCAACGAUGAUCUCCAAAAAUACUUCGAUCGAUAUGCCAAGGACAUCAAGAACGGAUGGGAGGAUUCGACGCCGUCAGUCCGACUUUCGCUUCUUGGUUUCGAAAGCGGAGGUGGAAUAGCAAAGACCAUAGUCGAACGACCCGAAGCCUCUUGGCCGCUGGAGCGUGAAGAACUACGCACUUUCUUCCUGGAUGCAUCUUCGGGGACACUUGUCCCAGAUCAUCUGUCAGCCUCUUCCUCGAUCACAUAUGAAGCUCAUCAUCUCACUGACUCUGCGGACUUCACUCUCUAUUUCAACCAGCAGACGGAAUUGGCUGGGUACUCCAAGGCGACCGUGUGGGUGUCGACACCCGACCACGAUGACAUGGACGUUGCGGUCCAAAUUCGGAAGAUCAACGCACAAGGAAAGCCGCUAAAGCACCUCAACUACCCUUGUCCUGUCCCCGAGUCCGAAGUCCCGGACGUGAACACGGCAAAGACCCUGGGACCCCAAGGAUUUCUCCGUGCAUCUCACCGUGGCACUCUGGACCGGUCGAAGUCUUCGUCUGACGUCGACCUGUUCUACACCCACCGCUUCUCAGAGAAGAUUAACCCUGGUACUAAAGUCAGGUUGGAGAUUCCUCUAUGGCCAAUUGGCAUGGUCUUCGCGCCUGGUGAGGGCAUCAUGUUGAGAGUUUCUGGUCACGACAUGAGCCUUCCGGAGAUUCCAUCGUGUACGCUGACAGAGCCUGACGACGACAACGUGGGGAACACCACAUUGUAUACCGGUGGUGAGUUUGAUAGCUCUCUCACCUUGCCCUUCAUUCUGGGCUAG